AUGACUAGCAACCAAGGAAAUAAGCAAACUCUCCCAUUUUCCCCUACUCGUUUCUUUAAAGUUAUAACAACAACAAUUUGUCAAGAUGGAAAGCUUAGGAUUCCAAACGGUUUCAUUAGAAAACAUAAUAAUGAUAUGUCAAAUCCAAUGUUUCUCAAGACUCCGGAUGACAAAAAAUGGGAAAUGCAUAUUACUAAAGUUGACAAGGGCUUUUGGUUUCAAAAGGGUUGGAAGGAAUUUGCUACCUAUUAUUCACUGGAUCAUGGAUACAUGAUAUUUUUUCAAUAUAAAGGAAACUCUCUUUUUGAGGUGUACAUAUUUGGCAAAAGUACACUUGAAAUUGAAUAUCCUUUCAAUGAAAAUCAUCAUGAACAAGACAACCUUAUUAAAACUAGUGAUGAUGACUCAGUUGAAAUUUUGGAUAAGUCAACUUCAUGCAAGAAGAAGACUAGACCUAAAUCACCAAUUCCAUAUCCUCGUCCACAUAAGAAAUUUAGAAGUGACACAGGUGAAGAUGUUGGAACAAGCUCCAAAUUUCAUGACUUUCCCAAGCAUCAUGUUCAAGAUAGUGAUGAUACAGGUGAUAGCAUUGAACUCCAAAGAGAGGAGCAUGAGCAUGUGCAAGAACAAGAGCAAAUAACUUCUAAAAUUAAUGAAGCGUUAAAUAGAGCUAGAAGUUUCAAAUCUAAAAAUCCUUCAUUCAUGAUUGUUAUGAAAUCUUCAUAUCUUCAUAGCUAUUUUUUGUAUGUCCCAACAAAAUUUGCAAUAAAUUAUUUGAAGAACGAGCAAAGUGAUAUUCUUCUUCAGCUCGCGGAUGGGAGAACUUGGGAUGCCAAAUAUUGUUUUGGAAAAAUCAAAGUUGGAUGGAAGAAAUUUGUAGGAGACAAUAGGUUGAAAAUGGGUGAUGUGUGUGUGUUUGAGAUAACCAAAAGCAAAACUCCUACUUUCAAAGUACUAAUAUUCCGACUUGAAGAACCACAUUUCCCUUCACCUCAAGAAUCAGAUCAAAGAGACAAAGACAUGUCUGGUGUUGAGAGUCAAACUAUUAUUCUUGAUAAAGGUGAAAAGGCGGCACAAAGAAUUUUAUUAAAAACAAAGACUCGUUUAUCUAUGAAUGAAGUGCAGAACAAAGAUGAUAAAUUCAACUCUAAGUAUCCUUUUUUUAAAGUCAACAUUACGCUAAAUCAACGAGGAAAUUCUAGAUUGAUUGUACCAAUGUCCUUCGUUAAAAAGCACUUGGAUAAUAAGAAGGAGCAGACUGUAAUGUUAAAAUUUGAGAAGAAAUUGUGGCCCAUAAAGUUGCUAUGUUAUUCCAACAUGAAAUCUGGACAAUUUUGUAGGGAUUGGAAUCAAUUUCAGAAAGAAAAUAACUUGAAAGAUGGAGAUGUAUGUGUCUUUGAGCUUAUCAAGAAUAACCAUGCUUUGUUUCAAGUUCAUAUUUUCAGAAGCAAUUAA